UACAGAGAAAUCGAAUCAUCAGUACAAUAUGGGACUGUAUAUUUUCUAUCGGUACAAUAAAUUAUCUUCUCUACAUUUUUUCCCGAUCUUCCGAAAGGUUUGUGCUUUCAAAGAUGAUGAGAUCCACCCUUUUAUUUUACAAGAGUUUUUACAUUCAUCAUGCAGGAGUUAAUAUUUUCAUUCAUGGAUUAUGGAUGAAAGGCUGGAGCGAUUUAUUAUUUGCAUUUUUUGCCUUCAAUUCUCAUUGGCAAAGGUCUGAUCAGUCGAUUGCCCUUCUAUUAUUUUUUAAAGUAAUUGACGCAACUAUUCUAGUCGUAUGCCGCUUUCUUCUCUGCUUUUGGAAUAAGCAGAUAAACCAAAACCUUCCGAAAAUCUUGUUAAUAUUUCAUUGCCUUACAUGGACUUACAUUUACGUGCUAUUUGUACCUGAAAACGUAUUAUGGGGGAGCAAUAGUAAAAAUCUUUCAGAGAACUUCUACAUGUGGAUGUGGUUUAUUUCUGAGUGUUUGAAUUCGAUCUGGUUAAGAUUAUUCUGCAGACUUGAAAUCUAUCUUUUCCCUCCACCAUCCAAAGAUGCUAUUCAAUUUGCAAACAGGCUCAAAAAACAAAAAGCAUCUUCAGUCAGAAAACCAAGUGGACAGAAUGCAAAAAAAGCUGAGCUUCUAAAAACUUUGACCUGUGUUAUGUCGAUGAAGAAAAAAUUGCAAAGAAUUCGAAAAGCAAAAGAGGAGAAAAUUGGUCUUCAUCACAAGCUUGAAGAAGAAAAAGAUGAAAUAGAUUCUGAUGAAGACCACAAGAAAGAGAUUAUGCAAACUUUAAUAAGUGCAAUGAAAGUUAGGAAGGAAAUUCAAAAUAUAAGAAAAGAUAAACGGAAUAAUCUCGAUCCAGAGAUUGUGACUUCAAACAAAAAUACGGAGACAGAUUUUGAAAGCGGCGAAAUAGAAAAUAAAAAAUUUGAAGAAACUACUGUCUGAUAGAUAAAAAUUAUUUAUAAAAUUAACGAAUGCCUAAAAAAAUUAUCUUAUGCACGGACCACUGAUAGUAUUUUAUGCACCUAUUGCUCUUUUUAAACAGGCACUUAAAAGACUUUAAAAAAU